AUGUCGUCCCUCCCCCCAGUUUACAUUGUCUCGGCUGCCCGUACGCCUACGGGCAUGUUUUUGGGCUCCCUCUCGAGCCUGAGUGCUGUCCAGCUGGGCUCCCACGCCAUCAAGGCUGCUGUUGAGCGCGCUGGUAUCAAGCCCACCGACGUCGAGGAAGUCUUUGUUGGCAAUGUCCUCUCCGCAAACCUUGGUCAGAACCCAGCCCGUCAGUGUGCCAUUGGCGCUGGCCUCCCCGAGUCGACCGUCGCAACCACCAUCAACAAGGUGUGCGCCUCGUCCAUCAAGGCCCUCAUUGUUGGCGCGCAGACCAUCAUAACCGGCAAUGCGGACAUUGUCGUCGCAGCAGGCACCGAGAGCAUGUCCAACACCCCCCACUACCUCCCCAACCUGAGGACCGGCGCCAAGUUCGGAGACCAACCGCUGGUCGACGGUCUGCUGAAGGAUGGUCUGACCGACGCAUACAAGAAGGAGCAUAUGGGUCUGCAGGGUGAGGAGUGCGCCGACGACCACGGCUUCUCUCGUGAGGACCAGGAUGAAUACUGCAUCCGCUCCUACAAGAAGGCCAACGCUGCGCACGAGGCUGGCUGGUUCAAGGAGGAAAUCGCCCCCAUUGAGGUCCCUGUAGGACGCGGCAAGCCUCCGGUCGUUGUUGACCGCGACGACGAGCCCAAGAACUUCAACGAGGCAAAGACCCGCACACUGAGGCCUUCGUUCAAGCCUGGAAACGGAACCGUCACCGCCGCCAACGCUUCACCGCUCUCCGACGGCGCUGCUGCUCUUGUCCUUGCCUCUGAGGAAGCUGUCAAGAAGCACGGCCUCAAGCCCAUCGCUAAGAUCCUCGGCUGGGGUGACGCUGAGCAAAACCCCUCCAAGUUCACCACUGCUCCUGCGCUCGCCAUGCCCAAGGCUCUGAAGCACGCAAAGGUGGAACUCUCCGCUGUCGAUGCCUUCGAGAUCAACGAGGCCUUCAGUGUCGUUGCCCUCGCUAACAUGAAGAUCCUUGGUAUUCAAGAAGACAAGGUCAACCUGCACGGUGGUGCUGUCGCCCUCGGCCAUGCGCUUGGUGCUUCCGGCGCCAGGAUCACAACUACAUUGCUCGGUGUACUACGGGAGAAGAAGGGCAAGAUUGGCUGUGCCGGUAUCUGCAACGGUGGUGGUGGUGCCUCUGCCAUCGUAGUUGAGUCGAUGCAGUAG